AUGAAGGCUACUAGUCUACACUCAACAUUUACUGCCAAACAAAACAUUGAUCUAUCCUGCUACCAUCAUCCUGCUACCAUCAUCCUGCUACCAUCAUCCUCCUACCAUCAUCCUGCCACCAUCAUCCUGCCACCAUCAUCCUGCCACCAUCAUCCUGCCACCAUCAUCCUGCUACCAUCAUCCUGCCACCAUCAUCAACAUCAUCCUGCUACCAUCAUCCUGCUACCGUCAUCCUACUACCAUCAUCCUACUACCAUCAUCCUGCUACCAUCAUCCUGCUACCAUCAUCCUGCUACCGUCAUCCUACUACCAUCAUCCUACUACCAUCAUCCUGCUACCAUCAUCCUGCUACCAUCAUCCUGCUACCAUCAUCCUGCUACCAUCAUCCUGCUACCAUCAUCCUACUACCAUCAUCCUGCUACCAUCAUCCUGCUACCAUCAUCCUACUACCAUCAUCCUGCAACCAUCAUCCUGCUACCAUCAUCCUGCUACCAUCAUCCUGCUACCAUCAUCCUGCUACCAUCAUCCUGCUACCAUCAUCCUGCUACCAUCAUCCUGCUACCAUCAUCCUGCUACCAUCAUCCUUCUACCAUCAUCCUGCUACCAUCAUCCUGCUACCAUCAUCCUACUACCAUCAUCCUGCUACCAUCAUCCUGCUACCAUCAUCCUGCUACCAUCAUCCUGCUACCAUCAUCCUUCUACCAUCAUCCUACUACCAUCAUCCUACUACCAUCAUCCCACUACCAUCAUUCUGCUACCAUCAUCCUGCUACCAUCAUCCUACUACCAUCAUCCUGCUACCAUCAUCCCACUACCAUCAUUCUGCUACCAUCAUCCUGCUACCGUCAAAUUUAAAUACCUACAAUGGACGAAAGUGAAAUCGAUGAGUUGA